AUGGACGGAAAGUUACGGGGGCAUUACGGACCUGCCUUCUAUCGGUAUUUUUACGAACGAAAUGAGGCCAUCAAGGCUGGGGUGCUCACCGGGGUGGAGCUUGAACUCGAGACCUUGGGCAUCGGCAAUGGUAUUAUCGAUGCAGAGAUCCAGUUCCCCACCUACCCCGUCUUUGCCGCCAACAAUACUUAUGGCGUCCAGGCCCUGGAUGAGGAAUGGAUCGACUAUAUGACGACUGCGUGUUAUAUGGUCAACGGAUGCUUGGACCAGCUUUGGCGCUGCAGGCAAGAAUACAACAUGAAUUCAACAAGUCCUGCUACAAGCACCCUUUGCUCGCAAGCGGCCACCAUGUGUAGGGACAAUCGACCAGCGGCUCUAUCCCGAUUUUUUGUCAAGUAUCUCAACGAGCCGGCCACGCAGGAGGCGCUGGGGAUUGCGGUUGACUUUGAGUACAAAGAGUCCAAUUACGACGUAUAUCUAGCCUUUCAGCACUCUGGAGAUUACGCAUACCCUAGAUUUCUUCAGGAUCUCGAAUUCUUGCUGGACCACGGGGUCCGUGUAUUGCUCGCCUACGGUGACGCGGAUUAUAUCGGCAACUGGUUUGGUGGGAGGCUGUUUCGCUGGCGCUGA